GAAGGUCGGAUUAAUCUACCGGAGAUUCUUAACAAGCAAACAUCUGGAUUCUGGCCGCAAUGGAUGACAAGCUCUGAAGAAAGGCUCUUCACGAUAUCGUUGGUGCCAAACGAGAACCCUAGAUUGCAGUACGACUUCUGUAAAACCCUUGUAAUCGUGUGGAUAUUUCAUGAGCGAUGAGGAAGGAGGAGAUUCCUGAUAAGAGCCGAACUUUCCCGGUGGAUCCGAACCUACCGAAAUGGGUUUGUCAGAAUUGCCACCACUCCCUCACCAUCGUCGGCGUCGAUUCCUACGCUGGCAAGUUCUUCAACGAUUCCUCUCAUUCUGCAAUGCAGGGCUCGUCUAUGCAUGGGGCUAAUAGCGUAUUGGGUUCUACACGCAUGGACAACUCUUUUGUGGUUUUACCAAGGCAAAAGCCUCAAGGACAGGGCAUUCCUCCACGUCCUCGUGGGACAUCUGCUCACCCUGAUGCUGGCCAAUCUGGCAAGGCAAUGGAAGAAUCCUUUGUGGUUGUUUAUAAGUCCGAGUCAACUUCUGAUACUGGUGGUUCUCAUAUUCCAUCGCUAGAAGUUGGCCAUAACGGUCCUUUACAUUCAAAUCAUUCUGGGUUUCAUGCCACUAUUAAUGUCUUAACACGUGCAUUUGAGAUUGCGAGAAGUCAGACGCAGGUUGAACAGCCUUUAUGCCUAGAAUGCAUGAGGGUUUUGUCCGACAAACUAGAAAAAGAGGUCGAGGAUGUGACGAGGGACAUUGAAGCGUAUGAAGCCUGCCUUCAGCGGUUAGAAGGAGAGGCACAAGAUGUUCUUAGCGAAGCUGAUUUUUUGAAAGAGAAACUAAAGAUUGAGGAAGAAGAAAGAAAACUUGUUGCAGCUAUAGAAGAAACCGAGAAACAGAAUGCUGAGAUAAACAAUCAAUUGAAGGAGCUAGAGACAAAGGCAGGUCGCUUUAAAGAGUUGGAAGAUAGGUAUUGGCAAGAGUUCAAUAAUUUUCAAUUUCAACUAAUAGCACACCAGGAAGAGAGAGACUCAAUCUUGGCAAAGAUUGAAGUUUCACAGGCACACCUGGAGUUAUUAAACAGGACAAAUGUAUUGAUUGAUGCCUUUCCGAUAUGGCACGAUGGUGAAUUUGGAACAAUUAACAAUUUCCGGCUCGGAAGACUUCCUAAAGUACCGGUUGAAUGGGAUGAGAUAAAUGCUGCCUGGGGCCAAGCCUGCCUUCUGCUCCACACCAUGUGCAAUUAUUUCCGACCAAAAUUUCAAUGUCGAAUCAAGAUACAUCCUAUGGGGAGUUACCCUCGGAUUGUGGACAGUGGCAACAACACAUAUGAGCUGUUUGGCCCUGUGAAUUUGUUCUGGAGCACCCGCUAUGACAAAGCAAUGACAUUGUUUUUGACAUGUCUGAAAGACUUUGCGGAUUUUGCAAAGUCCAAGGAUGUAGAGAACAAUAUCCCAUCCGAGAAAUGCUUCAAACUGCCAUACAAGAUCGAGAACGACAAAGUGGAGAACUACUCCAUAACGCAGAGCUUCAACAAGCAGGAGAAUUGGACAAAAGCACUGAAGUACACAUUAUGCAACCUCAAAUGGGCUCUCUAUUGGUUUGUGGGGAACACGAAUUUUCAGCCUCUCUCUGCUAUGGCCUCUUCGCCUUCUGAAGUUUCAGCCGCCGGUUCUAUAUAUGCAAAGCAGACAGGUCCAGAUUCUAAUUCCAUUGCUAGAAACUCAAGAAAUACCUGAUAGAUGUAGUACACAGAUAAAUAAGGCCCGGCUUGUCAUACAUACAGACAUCUAUGGUACAGUUUACAUAAGACUCGGCUUGUAAUUGAAUCUUGGUAUUUUGUUCUUUUUUUCUGUUACAUGAAAAUAAAAAUUACAUGAUUGCGGCAGUUGUA